AUGCGCCCUGAAUAUGCACUUAAAAAGAAGCCUUUUCAGAAGUGCAGACUCGUCUGCAGCUCAGACGACUGUCAGGACAGUAUACUGGAGCCGCUGUGUUUUCCAGAGGAGUCAGCUGAUGGCCCCAGUGCUCCCAGUCUGCAGUGUCCCAGCGCAGAGCCGCUGGUGUGUCUCUUCUGUCCCGAGUCCGUCCCUCUGCAGCAGAAAGACGUCCUCCUCAAACACCUGCUGCUGGAGCACAAGCUGGUCAUCGCCGACGUCAAACUCAUCGCAGACGUCCCAAAGUACAUGUUGUACUGGAAGGGCAGAUUCAUGGAGCAGCCGGUCACAGACUUCUGCAGCGUGAUCAAGACAAACUCCACCGGUCCUGUUGAGAAGCAGGAGGACUACUUCCUGCUGUGUGACGUCCUUCCAGAAGACCGAGUCCUCCGAGAAAGACUCCAACAGAAACGACUGGAGGAGGUGCUGGAGCAGCAGCAGAAGGAGAGAGACGACAGCAGCUUCCAGCGUCUCUGCAUGUUCUGCAGCGAAGAGUUUGCUGGAAACAGGUCGUCUCUGCUGAACCACAUGGCCAGAGAACAUUCCUUCAGCAUCGGACUGCCAGACAACAUCGUCUACUGCGACCAGUUCCUGGACACUCUGCAGAGCAAACUGGACAACCUGCAGUGUUUGUACUGUGAGAAAACCUUCCGAGAUAAAACCACUCUGAAGGAUCACAUGAGGAAGAAAGCUCAUCGCCGCAUCAACGCCAACAACUGCGAAUACGACCGCUUCUACGUCAUCAACUACCUGGAGCUGGGGAAGACCUGGGAGGAAGUGCAGAGCGAGGAUGACCGAGAGCUGGCAGACGAUGAAGACGACGACUGGUCGGACUGGCGGGCUCAUCCAGUGUCUGCUGUGUGUCUGUUCUGUGAUCAUCAGUCAGAGACGAUGGAUCAGAUCUACACACACAUGAAGGAAGCUCAUGGUUUUGAUCUCCACAAAGUGAGGACAGAACUCAAUCUCAGGUUCUACCAGCAGGUGAAGCUGGUGAACUUCAUCCGGCGGCAGAUCCACCAGAGCCGCUGCUACGGCUGCCAGGAGAAGUUCGCCUCCAGAGAUGACGUCCUCCGUCACAUCGAGGCUGAAGGUCACGUGAUGAAGCUGCCGGACAUGUCGACCUGGAACCAACCACAGCAGCUGUUCCUCUGGAAGAGAUGGUCCACCUCCUCCUCUUUGGAGCCUCAGAUCCUCGACGACCCUUUCCUGCUCCAGGAGAAGUUUGGAGUUUAGUGGAGCAAGUGAAGA